AUGUCAUGAAUCAUGCAGCCGUGUGGUUGCAGGUGAGUCUGGUUGGGUUCUUCCGGCAGGCAUAGACUGACAUUCCCAGGCUGUUGGCCAGGGCAUACAUUUGGGAUCCAGGGCGCUGAUUUCAUGAACCCUAGACUCCCGUGGCACCAGUCCGGGGCUCCAAGGACAUGGCUCAUCCACUCCCGCCUCGGAUGGAGCUUCACCCACCGCCCACUCUGGAGGAAGGGGAGCUGUGUUGCACGGAGAGCGAGCAACAGCGAGGAAGCCGGACUCUUGUUCACCGGCCGCAGUUUUCCGGCGGACCGGUGUGCGGCGAGCGCCAGGCGGUGAACCUCGCCGGGGAGGAGCGGCGGCCCCGACGGCGGCCCGGGCCUGGGUGGCGGAUGAGCCGAUCGCUGCGCCGGGUCGUGUGCGCCGUGUCCGGCGGCGUGGACAGCGCCGUGGCGGCGCUCCUGCUUCGGCGGAGAGGCUACCAAGUGAUGGGUGUCUUUAUGAAAAACUGGGACUUGGUGGAUGAACGUGGUACAUGUACAAGUGAUCAGGACUGUAAAGAUGCACAACGGCUCUGUAAGAUGCUUGACAUCCCUUUCUAUCAGGUUUCUUUUGUGAAAGAGUAUUGGCAUGAAGUCUUCAGUAAUUUAGUAAAGGAGUAUGAAAUGGGGAGGACUCCAAACCCUGAUAUAAUGUGCAAUAAAAACAUUAAAUUUAAAUAUCUGUUGCAGUUUGCCAUGGAAAUGCUGGGGGCAGAUGCAAUGGCAACCGGUCAUUAUGCCAGAACAUCACAAGAUGAUGAAGAAGUUUUCCAGCAAAAAUCCAUUGGAAAUACUGAAGAUAUUUUUCAUAACCGUGGUAAAGAUGCUGUAAAACUCUUGAAGGCUGCUGACCCACAGAAAGACCAAACUUUCUUUCUGAGCCAGAUAUCCCAGCAUGCUCUGCGACAUACCAUGUUUCCCCUUGGUGAAUUAAGGAAAAAUAUUGUAAAGGAAAUGGCAGCAGAGGCAGGAUUUCACCAUAUAUUGAAAAGGAAGGAAAGCAUGGGAAUCUGUUUCAUAGGAGAAAGAAAUUUUGAAAACUUUAUCCUUGAGUAUAUAGACCCUCAUCCUGGAAAUUUUGUUUCUAUAGAAGAUGGAAAAAUAAUGGGAGCACACAAAGGUUGGUUUCUGUUCACUUUGGGACAACGUGCCAGGAUAGGUGGUCAAAGAGAUGCUUGGUUUGUAGUAGAUAAAGAGAUAAAAACUGGUGAUGUGUUUGUGGCACCAGGUACUUAUCACCCAGCUUUGUACAGGAACUCGCUUGAAACUGAUCCUGUCCAUUGGAUUUCUCAAAAUCCACCUCCAGAACUGCUCAGGGAUGGAGUGCUGCAAUGUUGUUUUCGCUUCCAGCAUCAAAUGCCUCUUGUGCAGUGUCAAUUAACCCUAAAUCCAGAUCAUACAGCUUUGGUGACUCUUGCUAAACCAGUCAGAGCACCAACACCAGGACAAUUUGCUGUGCUCUACAAGGAUGAAGAAUGUCUUGGCAGUGGCAAAAUAAUGAAGCUUGGCCCUUCCAUGUAUACACAAGAGGCAAGAGAGGGUAACAUUGGCAAUUUUCAGACGACUGGUAUUACCUUUUAAAGAACCCGUGAUGUAACGUGUGGAUCAACUUGGCAAAAUGCUAAGAACCACCAGAACCGAAACAAAUAACUGAGUGAAUCCACCUAUAAAGACACUGGAAUCCAAAUAUACCUCAUAAUUGGUACUAAGACCACUGUUUUCUACCUUUCCUUAAACCAUAUAUUCAAAUAUACCUUAAUAUUUACAGGGGAGUUUAACACUGGCUUUUGAGAUGCGGCCUUUUUGAGUAUUAGGUUAAUUUUCAAAUUCCAAAAUGGUUGCCGGUCAUGAUUAUUUGUUUUCACAAUGCCUGCAGUUAUAUCAACUUAAUUUCCAUAAGGAAUAAAAGAUACUUUAAUUUUAAAGUCAAUGAACUUUAUGUAGUUUUUAAAUUGGAACAAUGUUUUCAGAAGAGUAAAUUGUUUAAUGAACUAAAGAAAAUUAUUUAAUAAUGAUAGUGUUGGAGGUUAACUAAAGAUUACACAUUACCUAUUGCAAUGGAUUAGAAACACAGUAGUUUCUGGAAGUGCAUAACAGACCAUCGAAUUAUUAUUUUAUGUUGACUCUUCACUGGUACAACUAAUUGUGAUCUAGUAAUUCUAGCCCACCCAAAAAAGAUGUGCUUAAAUGGCACCUUCCCACAUGCCCCUGAUGUAACAAUCAUAUCAAAGAGUGACUCAGGCCUGGAAGUUCACUUUGAAUUUCUGUAGUGACACAAAAUGGCCAGAAAAUGACAGUCAUUGCUUUUCUCUCCAGGAAAUAAAAUAGAUGUUUAAUACUACUUAAUAUCUAGGCCAGUGAAAUACAAGUGUCCCCAGUGGGUCUAGUCAAAAAAUUUAAGAAAAUAGACAAGGCUAAAUAAUUUCAAAACUAAACAAUUGAUCAGCUAAAUCUUUCAAUUACAAGGUAUUUUUAUGUUUACGUUUUAAGUUUUGAUGAAGUUUCAUUCAAAAGGUUAAUGCAAUUUGUUUCUUUUAAGUAUUAAAAUUCACAUGGCAACAUAAGGGGGUAUCUGAAAGGAGGUUUCAAGGCUACAAGAAGGCAUACCAGGUUCAGUGAACAGUACAACUUGUGGUAGUUCUCUGUCCUGAAUUUUCCAGUGCAGAAUAAUCAAGAUUUCAUGCACAGGUACAAGUAUCCUUAAAAUAUCACAAUGCUGGGUUUCAGUAAUUGCCUUGUGUUGAGUGCAUUAUGUAAUUUAUUUUCACAAUGUUUGUAGAUCCUGCAGCUUACUUUCUGUAGAGUUAAUAUUGUAAAGACCAUGAAGAUAAUUCCAGAGCAACCUAGGGACGGACACAGUGUAGUCAGAAUUUAGAAAGGUGGAGAAAAUAAACUGGUGCAGAAAGUUGGGUAGGGAGAUAGGGUACCAGCAAGGUCAGUGAGAUUUGCAAAAGGGUAGAUGAGAAUUUUAAAAUAAUUGCAUUGAAGGAUGAGGAGCCAGUUGGCUUUUGGUGAACAGGAUUCUUCUCUGAAAGCUUUAAGGACAGAACAGUUAUUGAUGAAGCCUGAGGUGAACAAGGAAAGUUUUUGCAAACCUGUCUGGAGCUGGGAUGAAGAUUUUCAUAGCAUUAGGAGUGAGGCAAGGGGGAGAGGAAUGGUUUAAUGCUUCAUUUUUGUCCAGAGAUCUCAGUCACUCAUUAAUAUAGUUUAAAGAAAUAAAUAUUUCAUGAAACAAAUUCCAAAAAGGUAGAUAAUAUUGAUAGAUUUUGGAAUUGAUCAUCAUGUUUUCUUAACGAGGCACAAGAACAAAAAUAUUCAUCUUGCACAAAUGCCAGAAUAAUAAAAUGAGAGAUGGGUUUAAAUGGCCUUUGAAGAGGCCAUGACAGAUAAGAGAAUAGCAUCCUAAUUAUCUUAUUUUUCCUACUGAUGAAAUUAGACAAAGAGCCUGCUAUUCAAACCUUUGUCCAAUCUGUCAGUGGAUGUACUCUGAUGAUAGCUACCAGGACAGUUGUUCCUGUGAGAUAUUUCUUUUGCUACAGCUAAUGUGCAUUUAUACUCAUGGUUACAUAAGCUGAUUAAAGAUUUCUAGCUUUAAUGAAACAAAAUACAUGUAUUUUGUUAUCAAGCAAUUGGAAUGUCAUACACAUAAAUCAAUUUUUGAAAUACCAUUUAACUUGUAAAGAACCACAGCUCAUCCUAGUUUAAUACUAAUUAGAAAAGCCAAUUAAUAAAGACAUAUAAAGCAUACUUAUUUAUUAUUUAAUAAUUUUCACAACAUGGCAUGAUUUGCAAAGUAACCAGAUUUCAAAAAGGAGUGAAUUUUAAGGCCAGGGAGUAUGCUUAGUUAUUGUAUAACCAGGGCUAACUAUUAGGAGAAGCGUCAGAUUUGAUUUUACCU